CUUCUUUCUCUCUUCACUAUAACUCUUCUUCUUCCUUCUUCCUUCUUUUAGCCUAUCUCUGUGUGAGACGAUUUAUUUUUUGGGUUAACCAAAGAUGUCGUCACAUUAUAGAAGACAUUCUUUAGAACCUUCCAUUGACUCCAUUUCCCGUACAUUCCGCGAUUCUUUGAGUUUCCAACGAGACGAUGACGUCAUCGACAAACCCGACUUCCGAGAACUCGAUUUCGGUUCCCCGGUCUCUCCUUUGCGGCCACGUGGCUCAGCCUCCGCCGCAGCCACUCCCGCCGCCAGUGGCAGCAGCUCUAGCUCCUCUGGUUCUGCCUCCGGUAAACCCGCUGUCACUUCUCAGUUUUCUGCUAGACGGAGUCACUCCGGCGAGCUUUCCGGUUUGACCGAGACCAGUACGGUUAAACCCGGAUCCGGAAACGUGAACCGGAGUUCGAGACAGGGUCACCGAAGAUCCGCUUCUGCUGGAACGCCCUUGAUUUAUUCCGGUUUAGGCUUCUCUCCGGUCAGCAAUAACGGUUCUCGCGGUGGUGGGAGCGGUGCCACGUCGCCGAAUCCCGGCGUUUUACCUACCGGAAACAUUUGUCCGUCGGGAAGGAUCUUAAAAACAGGAAUGGCUACAAGAGCCUCCGUUAGACCCGAGACUCUAUGCGCGGGGACAGCCAAUUACGGCCACGGCAACAUCAUACGCAGCAGCGGUGUCGGCAAGACGAACCACGCUACUAGAGCGCCGGGGAUGAGUGACUCAGAGGACGUGAAGAAGGCCGGUAACGAAAUGUAUAGGAAAGGGAACUACGCCGAGGCAUUGGCUCUUUACGACAGAGCAAUCUCACUGUCGCCGGAAAAUCCAGCUUACAGGAGCAAUCGUGCGGCGGCGUUGGCUGCGUCAGGGAGGUUAGAGGAAGCUGUUAAAGAAUGCCUUGAAGCUGUCAGACUUGAUCCUUCUUACGCUAGAGCUCACCAGAGACUCGCUUCUCUCUAUCUCAGAUUGGGGGAAGCUGAAAAUGCGAGACGUCAUCUUUGUUUUUCCGGGCAAUGUCCCGAUCAGGCCGAUUUGCAGCGGUUGCAGACGCUUGAGAAGCAGCUCAGGCUGUGUACCGAGGCUCGAAAGAUUGGAGACUGGAGAACGGUAAUUAGCGAAAUCGAUGCAGCCAUUGCAAAUGGAGCUGAUUCUUCUCCUCAGCUUGUAGCUUGUAAAGCAGAAGCCUUUUUGCGGCUUCAUCAGAUUAAGGAUUCGGAUUUGUGUCUAUCCAGCAUUCCGAGAUUGGAACAUCGUCAUAGUACUCAAUCUCCUGCCAAACUGUUCGGUAUAAUAUGCAAUGCUUAUGUGCUAUGUGUUCAGGCUCAAGUUGAUAUGGCGUUAGGAAGAUUUGAGAAUGCAGUUGUAAAGGCGGAGGGAGCCAUCACAAUUGAUCUUAGCAAUAAUCCUGAGGUAGUAUCGGUCUUAAACAAUGUGAAAAAUGUGGCGAAAGCUCGUACCAGCGGAAACGAGCUCUUUAGUUCAGGGAGAUACUCGGAAGCGAGUGUGGCUUAUGGGGAAGGACUCAACUUUGAUGCUUUCAACUCGGUUUUGUAUUGUAAUAGGGCGGCAUGUUGGUUUAAACUUGGUAUGUGGGAGAAAUCCGUUGAUGAUUGUAAUCAAGCGCUAAGAAUCCAGCCUAGUUACACCAAGGCUCUUCUCCGAAGAGCUACUUCAUAUGGAAAGCUUGGCCGGUGGGAGGAUGCGGUUAGAGAUUAUGAAGUAUUGAGAAAUGAACUUCCAGGAGACAGCGAGGUUGCUGAUUCUUUACAGAGAGCAAAGACCGCUCUAUCGAACAAAUCCGAAGAGCCUAAAUACCUGGGAUUCAAUAACGAAGUUGAAGAGGUAUCGACUUUAGAUAAGUUCAAGACUGCAACAUCACUUCCCGGAAUCUCUGUGUUUCAUUUCAAAUCAUCAUCAAACCGACAAAGCGAAGCAAUAUCUCCAUUUGUCAACACCUUAUGCUUACGGUAUCCAUUAGUACAUUUCUUCAAGGUGGACGUGGAGGAGAGCUUGGCAUUGGCGAAAGCAGAGAGCAUCAAGAAAGUUCCAACCUUUAAAAUUUAUAAGGAGGGAGAGAAAGUGAAGGAAAUGGUAUGUCCUAGUCAUCAGUUACUAGAGGACUCGGUUACUCAUUUCCUCUUAUAACACAUCUCUCUUCUCAUUCACGAACGUAAAUUGAUCCAAAAGAGCCAUAUGUUAAUUGAAAUUUUUCAUUCUUUUGUUUUUGUUCUACUCUAUUGAAACCUGCUCCGAUUGUAUCAAUCUGAGGAAAAUGUUUCUCAAAAAUUGGCCCAAUUGAAAUGGUUCGUUUGGGUUUACUUAUUUUGCAAAGGAUUAAUUUUCUUUAAUA